ACAGUCGACUCCGAGAUCUAGAGAGCCAACAUGUUCCUGAGCAAAGCAUCCGUUGUUUUGCUCGUCGCUUUCUUGGGGACCUCUUUGUUGGGAGACAGAUCUGUUUCAGCGAGUCCAACUCCACAAGAAGCAGCCCCCACACCACAGGACCCGCUGAAUACUGGAACUGUUAAUGGAAACCCGAAUCCAGCGCCUCCAAACGCAGUGUCCGAACAACCACAGCAACCACCAGUGGCUAACCAUCAGCGACAACCCGUGACGUUUUCACAGCAACAACCCGUGGCUACCCCUCAGCAACAACCCGUGUCUACCCCUCAGCAACCACCAGUGUUGAACACAAACCAAUCACCAGUGUUUAACGGAACACAAUCACCAGUGUCCUACGGACAGCAAUCACCAGUGUUUAUCGGACAGCAAUCACCAGUGGCCAACGGGCAGCAAUCACCAGUGUUUAGUGGGCAGCAAUCACCAGUGUCCUACGGAAAUCAAUCACCGGUGUUUAACGGACAACAAUCACCAGUGUUUAAUGGGCAGCCAUUACCAAUGCAACAACCCGUGGCUAACCCUCAGCAACAACCCGUGGCUACCCCUCAGCAACAACCCGUGGCUACCCCUCAGCAACAACCCGUGGCUACCCCUCAGCAACAGCCCGUGGCUACCCCUCAGCAACAAACCGUGACUACCCCUCAGGAACCACCAGUGUUGAACACAAACCAAUCACCAGUGUUUAACGGAACACAAUCACCAGUGUCCUACGGACAGCAAUCACCAGUGUAUAAUGGACAACAAUCACCAGUGUUUAUCGGACAGCAAUCACCAGUGGCCAACGGGCAGCAAUCACCAGUGUUUAGUGGGCAGCAAUCACCAGUGUCCUACGGAAAUCAAUCACCGGUGUUUAACGGACAACAAUCACCAGUGUUUAAUGGGCAGCCAUCACCAAUGCAACAACCCGUGGCUACCCCUCAGCAACAACCCGUGGCUAACCAACAGCAACCAUCAGUAAUUUACGUACAGCAACCACCAGCGUCGAACACAAACCAAUCACUUGUGUUGAGCACAAACCAAUCACCAGUUUUAAACACACAACUAGCACCAGUUUCAAACACACAGCAAUCACCAGUGCCUAACGGGCAGCAAUCAGCAGUAUUUAGUGGGCAGCAAUCACCAGUGUCCUACGGACAGCAAUCAGCAGUGUUUAGUGGGCAGCAAUCACCAGUGUCCUACGGAGAUCAAUCACCAGUGUUUAACGGACAGCAAUCACCAGUGUUUAUUGGGCAGCAAUCACCAAUGCAACAACCUGUGGUUAACCCUCAGCAACAAACCGUGACUACCCCUCAGCAACAACCCGUGGCUUACCAACAGCAACCGUCAGUAAUUUACGUACAGCAACCACCAGCGUCGAACACAAACCAAUCACUUGUGUUGAGCACAAACCAAUUACCAGUUUUAAACACACAACUAGCACCAGUUUCAAACACACAGCAAUCACCAGUGCUUAACGGGCAGCAACCAGCAGUGUUUAACGGAACGCAAUCACCAGUAUCCUACGGUAAUGAAUCACCAGUGUAUUAUGGACAGCAAUCACCAGUGUUUAUUGUACAGCAAUCACCAAUGCAACAACCGGUGGCUACCCCUCCGCAACAACCCGUGGCUACCCCUCAGCAACAACCGGUGGCUACCCCUCAGCAACAACCCGUGGCUACCCCUCAGCAACCACCAGUGUUGAACACAAACCAAUCACCAGUGUUUAAUGGAACACAAUCACCAGCAUCCUACGGACAGCAAUCACCAGUGUUUAGUGGGCAGCAAUCACCAGUGUCCUACGGAAAUCAAUCACCGGUGUUUAACGGACAACUAUCACCAGUGUUUAAUGGGCAGCCAUCACCAAUGCAACAACCCGUGGCUACCCCUCAGCAACAACCCGUGGCUACCCCUCAGCAACAACCCGUGGCUACCCCUCAGCAACAAACCGUGGCUAACGCCCAGCAACAAACCGUGGCUAACGCCCAGCAACAACCUGUGACUUUUUCACAGCAACAACCCGUGGCUACCCCUCGGCAACAACCCGUGACUUUUUCACAGCAACAACCGGUGGCUACCCCUCCGCAACAACCGGUGGCUACCUCUCAGCAACAACCCGUGGCUACCCCUCAGCAACAACCCGUGACCACCCCUCAACAACAACCCGUGGCUACCCCUCAGCAACAAACCGUGGCUAACCCUCAGCAACAACCCGUGGCUACCCCUCAGCAACAACCCGUGGCUACCCCUCAGCAACAACCCGUGACCACCCCUCAACAACAACCCGUGGCUACCCCUCAGCAACAAACCGAAGCUACCCCUCAGCAACAACCCGUGACCACCCCUCAACAACAACCCGUGGCUACCCCUCAGCAACAAACCGUGACUACCCCUCAGCAACAACCCGUGGCUACCCCUCAGCAACAACCGGUGGCUACCCCUCAGCAACAAACCUUGGCUACCCCUCAGCAACAACACGUGGCUACCCCUCAGCAACAACCCGUGGCUAACCCACAGCAACAAACCGUGACAACCCCUCAGCAACAAACCGUGGCUACCCCUCAGCAACAACCGGUGGCUACCCCUCAGCAACAACCCGUGGCUACCCCUCAGCAACAACCCGUGGCUACCCCUCAGCAACAACCCGUGGCUACCCCUCAGCAACAACCCGUGGCUAACCCACAGCAACAAACCGUGACAACCCCUCAGCAACAAACCGUGGCUACCCCUCAGCAACAACCCGUGGCUACCCCUCAGCAACAACCCGUGACCACCCCUCAACAACAACCCGUGGCUACCCCUCAGCAACAAACCGUGGCUAACCCUCAGCAACAACCCGUGGCUACCCCUCAGCAACAACCCGUGGCUACCCCUCAGCAACAACCCGUGACUACCCCUCAGCAACAACCCGUGGCUACCCCUCAGCAACAACCGGUGGCUACCCCUCAGCAACAAACCUUGGCUACCCCUCAGCAACAACCCGUGGCUACCCCUCAGCAACAACCCGUGGCUACCCCUCAGCAACAACCCGUGGCUACCCCUCAGCAACAACCCGUGGCUAACCCACAGCAACAAACCGUGACAACCCCUCAGCAACAAACCGUGGCUACCCCUCAGCAACAAACCGUGGCUACCCCUCAGCAACAACCCGCGACUUACCCACAGCAACAACAGUUUUACCCACAACAACAACAGUUUUACCCACAACAACAACAGUUUUACCCACAGCAACAACCAGCUGCUUACCCACAGCAACAACAUUUUUACCCACAGCAACAACAGUUUUACCCACAGCAACAACAGUUUUACCCACAGCAACAACCAGUAGUUUACCAACAGCAACCAGUAGUUUACCCACAGCCACCACAAGUGGUUUACGUCCAGCCAGCCUACCAGAGUACCACGACGCCCAAACCUCCUUUUCUAAUGGUGUGGGAUGGCAUCCGCGAUUGGAAACAAAAUGCCUUCCAAACGGCUGUGGGGCAAAACCCUAUAUUAGGUUGACAUUUUUUUUAAUAGAAGAGUAAAAAUAAUGCUCAUUAAAAUGUUUAAUUCCCAA